GAAGAAGAAGGCUAACGUUAGCUAGCUGCUGGCUCAGAUGACGCGCUGUCGUUAUUUUGUCGUGUAUUUCUGCUCAAAGUGAGACUGAAGGUGAACGGAGACGCCCCCUGGCGGCCGUCAGGACCCGCUGUGUGUCGUGUUGUUGAUUAAUUGCGGAGUUUGCAGGCGGUUGUUGUGUUUCCGUGCAGCGGGAGGAGGUCGCGUCUCCUCCGGUCAGCUGUCCGUCCCCUCCCCGGCAGCGCUGGUGAUGGCCGCUCCCGUCAACCUGCAGACUCCCAGUAAGAGCUGGGAGCUGAGCCUGUACGAGCUGCACCGGAGUCCACAGGAGGCGAUCAUGGACGGGACGGAGGUGGCGGUGUCCCCUCGCUCUCUGCACAGCGAGCUCAUGUGUCCCAUCUGUCUGGACAUGCUGAAGAACACCAUGACCACCAAGGAGUGUCUGCACCGCUUCUGCUCCGACUGCAUCGUCACGGCGCUGCGAUCCGGGAACAAAGAGUGCCCGACCUGCAGGAAGAAGCUGGUUUCCAGACGCUCGCUGCGUCGAGACUCAAACUUUGAUGCACUGAUCUCGAAGAUCUACCCGAGCCGCGAGGAGUACGAGGCCCACCAGCGCCGAGUCCUGGACCGACUGAACCGGCUGCACAACAAGGAGGCGCUGAGCUCCAGCAUCGAGGAGGGGCUCCGCCAGCAAGCACGCUACAGAAACCACCGGGUGAAGAAGCCGACUCAGGAAAGUGACAACACCACCUUCAGCGGGGGGGAGGACAACGGGGACGCCCGCUCUCACCUGUCCCACGACUCCGCCCCCUCACACCCCCCCCACCAAUGUGGUCAGACGCCCUCAGAGGCGGGGCCAAGCCGCAAGAAGCCGCGGGUGUCGGAGGACGGCUCGGGCCCCGAGGCCGACAGCGGGAGCCCAACGCCUCCUGUGAGACGCCUUCAAGAGGGGGGGGCCUCGGAGAUCGAGCUGGUCUUCAGACCCCACCCACAGCUGGUCCACGCCCAAGACUACAACCAGACCAGGUUCGUGAAGACGACAGCGAACGCCACAGUGGACCACCUGUCCAAGUACCUGGCUCUGCGCAUCGCUCUGGAGGACGGACAGACCAACAGGGAGGAGGGAGGGAGGGAGGAGGGAGGUGGGGGAGAGGAGAGAGCAGCAGAGGGAGGAGGAGAAAGUGGAGGAGCAGCGGGCGGCGGAGGCAAAGGGUCGAGUCUGGGCGGAGUCAGUGAGAAACAGUACACCAUCUACAUCAUGACCAGAGGAGGACAGCUGUCUACGCUGAACGGAUCUCUGACUCUGGAGUUGGUCAACGAGAAGUUCUGGAAGGUCCGGAAGCCGCUGGAGCUUUACUACGCCCCCACCCAGGACCAGCAGCCAGCCCCCCCCGCCCAGCAGAAGACUCCACCCCCCCAGAGAGAGGGCUGAGGAGGACGCUGCUCCCCUCCCUCCAGCAGACGGAAGGUCAGACGCUGACCGUCGCAUAUCGGUGGCGCCUGAUUGAUUUUCCUCCUAAACUCUUAUUUGAUUUAAUCUGUAAAACUAAAUCUCAAGAUUGAAAGAACAUCUAACCACUCAACAUCAGCUGGUGAGAAACUCUGUGGUCGUUGGACGUGGAAUUCCUGUUUUUAUCUUAUUACCUAAAAAUAAUUAACAGAUGUGAAAAUGUAAAGGUAUUCGGUGCCAAACUAGUUUCAGUUUGACUUCUUAGUUCUAUUUAUUUGUCUUAACGCAGACGUCACACAAGUUAAGUAAAAACAGCGUCUGCUUUUAUUGUCAUUAAGGAUUACUCAUAAAAACUAUCUUGCCGAUGUAGAAGAAAAUAAAACAUGAAUUUAAGAAGUUGUUUCUGAAGAUCGAGCUCUAGAGAUUUUCAGAGAACAAGUACUGGUUAUAAACAUUGUUAUAAUAAUAAUAAAAAGUAGAAAUAUGUUAAGUUCUGAAUCAAUCUGUGUAGUUGACUUUCUAAAGGAGAUGACUGAAGCUCUUUGUUGUUAACGUUAGUUUAGUUUGAUCAGCUUUAAACACUUUGAACCAAAGUUUGAUUUAACUCGACUCUGGAUCGUUGUUUUAUCCACAGACUCUGAAUCAGAUCCUCGCUCCACUUUUCUAUUCUCUAGAUCCUGAUUUGGAUCUGCACCAAUUCACACAAAGAUCAGUCCAAUAAAUAUGUGUGGUUGUUUUCAUCAAGAUCCACAAAUGACAGCUGAUGGGAAAAUGUUUGAAAAUGUUUGUUAUUGAAAAAGCUUUUCUGUUAAAGAGAACUCAUAAAGUUGAAUGAGUUCUCUUCUGACACAUGAAACCUCCUGUCACUGCGUCCACGGGCAAACUGCUCCUCAGCUCUGUGAAGUCCACAGACACAACCUCCUGGGUCGAAACAUCAAGAGGAGCAGAUCUCAACAUCCUGAAGUGAAGCCAGAAAGAAGACGAGGUCCCGUCCAUACACUCUGGACCAAUCAUGAGUCAGUCUCAGCUGUCAAUCAUGGUGUCUCAUUAAAUAACAGAUUCAAAUCAAACUGAUCAGAAACUUGAACAAACCUCAGAGUUCAGAACUGAAAUGACAGAAACAUCUUUGAUUUUCUUUGAAUUUAACGUCCUCUUUGAUUUGUUCCUUUGGUCCUGAUGCUCAGGCGUCCAUCUUUCUUCACCGUCUGGCUUCUCACCAUGUUUCUUCUGUGGUCCAGGGGGUUCAGGUGGUCCAGGUGGUCGUGAGCUGUUUGGUUUCAUGAGCUUGUUUCUUUGCUCAGGUUCAGAUCAUCGCUCUGAUCGGACUGUUGAUCAGAGAGCGAUGGUUUCUAUUUAAAGAUCAGUCCUCAGGUAUUUAUCGACAGGAAAUUAAUCUAUGAUCUUUUUAUGAGACACAACAAAAAAUAUUAUGAGAAGAAAGUAUUCAGUAUUUUCUGAAGUGACUCAUUACUUCUUCUCAUGUUGCAGCUUUAUCUUUUCUUUUCUUAAAUAUGGCCCCAACCCUCUGUGGUACCUUUGAAGAGGUGAUGAUAUACUUCAUGUUGGCUGGAGGCCGUCUGCUGCCGUCUUAUUGAGCUCUGAUGUUAAUAUGUAGCUGUGACACUUCACCUGCUGCUGCUUCCUCUUAAGAACAUGUUCAAAAGCCAUAAACCUUCUGAAGGUUCACCACCCCCCCCCCCCCGUCUUUACGCACUUUAUACUUCCUGCAGUCAUUUUCCCACCGUACCUGUUUUUAUGGAAUAUUUGUAUUUUGUGAUCUUUUUCUGGUUAAUGCUGUUUUGAUCUCCAAAUUCUGUCAGCAAAACAAUAAACUGAUUUAUUGAUCAGA